AUGGACGGCCUCGAUGAGUUUGAAAAGUCUCUAGCGGAGGAAAAAAAGGCUAGGGAAAAUACCGAGAAGGGAAGUGGUCGAGAAAAGGAGCGCAAACAUCGACAUCAUCACCGGUCAAGGCGUCAAAAAUCUGGAGAAGAUGACGAUUCGGAUAGAGAGCGCCGUCGGUCAAAGCAUCACAGACAUCGAGAUGAUGAUGACCCUGUCCGUGACGAUCACAGACAUAAACGAUCGAAACGCUCAGCAGAUGACAAAGAAGAUGGCCAUCGAAGGCAUAAAUUCGAGAAGACUUCCGAUCCUCACGAGGAUCUGCCCAUUCCCGACGAUGAAGAACCUUCAAGGACCCCCAAGCUUACCCGCGAUUCUUGGAUGGCAGAACCUUCAGCGAUAGAUAUUGAUUACACUCAAAAAGGCGCCAAGAAAGUUGUAGAGCCGCCGCCUCCAAAGCCAGAUUACGAUUUGAAGAUCCACAAGAAUGAGUUGAACGUCCAUUUACAGGAUUUGGCAGAUGGCAAGAAGCUAGAGGAUCUUGAGGAACCCGCGGAGCAUGAAGUCUCAUACACGUUCGGUGAUGCAGGAGCUCAAUGGCGCAUGACGAAACUCAAGGCUGUUUAUACUCAGGCGGAGGAGACUGGCAGGCCAGCCGACGAGGUGGCUAUAGAGAGACUCGGGGGCCUACGGGAAUUUGAUGAUGCGCGCGAGGAGCAGACCGAGUUGGACCGUCGGCAGCUUUAUGGGCAGGGCUACGUUGGGAAAGAUAAACCAAGCGGAGAAUUGUUCCAAGAGAGAAAGAUGGAGCUGGGUAUUAGGAGAAGCCCGAAGGAACCACACGAGGACUAUGGAAAGAACCUACCGCAAGGGGCAGUCAUGGAGGAGCAACCUUCCCAACCCAUCACUGUUCAGUUGGAUUCUACAGCGUUGAAUCGGAUGAGGGCACAGCUCAUGAAGGCCAAGUUAAAGAAAUCCCCGGACGCGGCAAGACUUGAAGCAGAGUACAACCAAGCCAUGGCAAACUUUUCAAAUAACUCGGAAGCUACCGUAGUAGUGCUCGGAAAGAUGGAUAAUCGAAUGCUUGCCGGAACGCGUGGUGAGGUUAAAUCGAUCGAUAAUAAGAGGGGUCGUGAACGGGGGUUAGUUGAGGAGAACGAGGACAUGAGCAUUGAGGAUAUGGUCCGAGAAGAGCGAAGAACGAAAGGACAAGCCGGUGGUGACGGAAUGAGGGCCGCAGAACGCAUCGCAAAGGAUGCCAAAUUUGAAACAGACCUAGAUUACAUGGACGACAACGCAAAUAAGCUCGCCAAGCGCGUGCAGAAGUCGGAGAUCAAUCUGAAGAAUGCAGCUAUCGGCGAGUUCCAGAAGAUGAAUCGGAUCUUGGACUCGUGCCAACUCUGCCAUCAGGAGGACAAGAACCAACCCCCGGUUGCGCCGAUAAUAUCUCUGGGUACACGGGUCUAUCUUACAUUGCCGACAGAGCCAGAACUCAGCGAAGGCGGUGGGGUCAUUGUGCCUAUCCAGCACCGGACAAAUCUUCUAGAGUGUGACGAUGAUGAGUGGGAAGAGAUCAGGAAUUUCAUGAAGUGCUUGACCCGGAUGUAUCAUGAUCAGGGCCGAGACGUGGUGUUCUACGAAAAUGCGGCGGCCCCACAGAGGAAGAUGCAUGCCGCCAUGCAAGUUGUACCAUUACCAUAUAGCCUGGGCGAAACCGCUCCAGCCUUCUUCAAGGAAGCGAUCCUGUCUUCCGACGAGGAGUGGACACAGCAUAAGAAACUGAUCAACACGGCUUCCCGGGCAAGAGAAGGCUUGGGCAAACAGGCGUUCAGAAAGUCAAUUGCCAAAGAGAUGCCAUACUUUCAUGUCUGGUUUGAUAUGGACGGAGGUUUAGGCCACAUCGUUGAAGACUCGAACCGGUGGCCACGAGGCGAUCUAUUUGCUCGGGAGAUCAUUGGCGGCAUGCUAGAUAUUGAGCCUGAUGUGAUCAAGAAGCAAGGCCGAUGGACGCGAGGGGAUAAACGACUUGAAGGAUUUAAGAAGCGCUGGAGGAAGUUUGACUGGACGAGAGUCCUGACAGAUGGAUAG